AUGAUGCAACAACAAUCGUCAACAUUGAUCAAUGCAACAAAAUAUAACUUAAAGAAUAUCACAUUUUCAUCUGGAAAUCAAUUGAACUUUACAAUGAUCUCAAAAGAUUCAACUAUUUCAAUGAACAAUUCAAAUAUUAAAGAUUCAUUCAAUCAAAUCAGUGGUACAACAAAAGUUGUAAAACCUUUCUGGGCUGUUUUAUUAAUUUUUAAAUAUGUUAAUUAUAUACACAUAGAUAUAUAUAAAGCUAAAUCAGUCUAUAAAUGGAAUGAAAUGAUUAUAAAUGCAUGUGUAUUAGCGGGAAAUGGCUAUUUAGAUCUUUUAAAAGAAUAUUUCGAUAAGAACGAUCAAUGCUCUCAUCAAAUAUUAUAUAGAUCAAAGCGAAAUACAAUUAAAACAAAUAAUUUAACUAUAUUGAAAUGUAUUGUCGAUAGGUUCGGUUCAGAUUUUCUUUCUCCACCAAAAAAGAUAGACAAAGAUGUAUUAUAUUAUUCAUCUAAAUACGGUAGACAUGAUAUAAUCAAAUAUCUGUUAGGAUUGGCCGAUAACACACCGACUCUACAACAACAGUGGAACUAUGAACUUGCACUUGCAAUCUCUCCACGCUCAGGUGAUCUCGAAAUGGUUCAAUUCUUAUCAGAGAUCUUUGAUUACCACAUUAAGAGAAUAAGAUCAAUACAUACCACCUAUCAGAAUGUAUUCAACAACGCUGCACUGGUCGGUCGAAUCGAUAUCAUAGAAUGGCUGGUCAACAACAGAUCCAAAGAAGUAUACCUAGAUACCGCUAUGUAUCAUUACGCUAUUAAAGGUGGUCACUUAAAUGUCGUAGAAUAUCUUUCUACUCUACCAAACUAUAGUAGUAUGCCAUUUCCUUAUCGUGACCAACUAAUGGAUUUCGCUGCUAUCAAUGACCGACUGGAUAUCUUAAAGUGGUUGCAUGCGAAUGACAUUGGCCAAUGCACAAAACUUGCAAUGACCAAUGCAAUCAAGACGAACAGACUUCACAUUGCCAAGUGGUUGCAUGACAAUAGAACUGAAGGUCACGAACCAAAUGUAAUCGAUAUAAUCAGUGUGUAUGACCAUAUGUUGGAGAUGAUCAAGUGGUUGACAGAGAAUCGAACAGAUGCUUGUACCACCAAAGCAAUGGAUAACAGUGCAAAACUAGCAAGUCUUGAUAUAAUAAAGUAUUUACAUUAUAAUAGAACAGAAGGUUGCUCAGCUUACGCAAUAGAGAAUGCGAUUAGAAGUGGUAACAAAGAGAUGAUUCGUUGGCUAAUAGAGAACAGAUCAGAGUUUUCUAUGAACCCGAAAUCAAUCAAAUUAAUCGAAACAACAAUGCUAGUGCAAGAUAGUGUCACUCUUGAAUGGUUGCUUACAAACUACGAAUUUUCGAUCGAUGACAUCAAAGUUACCUUAUGGAGGUGGAGAUUGAUGGAAUCCUUAGAAAGAUCAGACAUACCAGAAACAAUCAAAGUAUUAGAACAAUUUCUUUUAAAGAAUCAAUCAUAA